GGCCAAUAAGGAGACUCCUUUGAUAAAGCAGCGAUUUCCGGCUUCCGCCCUGUGUGGUUACAUGUGAUACCGAGCAGAGCGUCCCAGUUCAUUUCAGUGACUGCUCUUGCCUUCCAGGGACCCAUCAUGGGGCUCAUCACCAAAAUUGCCCGAGGUCUGGUUCGGGGGGCAGACAGAAUGGCCGAAUGCACGAGCAAGCGGGGCCCCAACUCUUACAACAAGGGGAGAGGGGCCAAGAAGAUCGGGUACCUGACGUCGAGCGGCAAGUUUGUCAAAGUGCGGGAAAUGGUCCCCGCGUUCGUGGUCCCCGAUCUGACUGGCUUUAAGCUAAAGCCGUAUGUCUCUUACAGGGCCCCGCCGGGCAGCGAGGAGCCAAUGACCCCCAAGAAGCUCUUCAUGGAGACGGCGGGGCCCCAGAUAGAGAAGGACCUGCAGGGGGGCACCUUUAGGCUGGAGGAGCUGCAGAAGUACGGCUUUGAGCCCACCCAGGAGGGCAAACUGUUCAAAUUGUUCCCCAAAAACUACGUCCAAUAAACACGGGGCCUUCAACUGGGACCUUUGUAUUAAUAUGUUGCUGCCCCUCCCCUGGGGAGGAGCCUACGGCUACAGCUCCACCCCUAAACUGAGAUUAAUGAGUGGGGUGCAAGGGGGAGUCGCUGUGGCUCUAAAAAUAUAUUUUUUAAAUAAAAAGCCAUUUACGCACUUA